CUUCCUCGGCUGGGGAGGAGGGAACGGAAGGAGCCUCAAAGGCAGAUGGGCGGCGGGGAGCGGGCGGGGCUGGAGAAGAGUCCUGGGACACGCCCCCUCCCAUCUGCGUCAUAUCCCGUUGCUUCCCUUCCCCGCCCCCCAUCUUCCAGUAAUAGGAACCUUCGCUGAGCGGGGAGGGCUCGCCCGGGGCCCCUUCAUGGAAGAGAUGUCUGGAGAAACGGUGGUGAGCACAGCCGUGCCAGCAGCCGCGACUCGCACCACCUCCUUCAAAGGCGCCAGCCCGAGCUCCAAGUACGUCAAGCUGAACAUUGGUGGGGCCCUCUACUACACCACCAUGCAGACGCUGACCAAGCAGGACACCAUGCUGAAGGCCAUGUUCAGUGGCCGGAUGGAGGUCCUCACCGACAGCGAAGGUUGGAUUCUGAUUGAUCGCUGCGGGAAGCAUUUUGGAACCAUCUUGAACUACCUGCGUGACGGUGCUGUGCCGCUCCCGGAGAGCCGGAGGGAGAUCGAAGAGCUGCUGGCAGAGGCCAAGUAUUACCUGGUGCAGGGCCUGGUGGAUGAGUGCCAGGCUGCCCUACAGCAGAACAAGGAUUUCUAUGAGCCCUUCUGCAAGGUGCCCAUCGUCACGUCCCCCAAGGAAGAGCAAAAGCUGAUUGCCACUUCCAAUAAGCCAGCUGUCAAGCUGCUUUAUAACAGAAGUAACAACAAAUACUCCUACACCAGCAACUCCGACGACAACAUGCUGAAGAACAUCGAACUCUUUGACAAGCUGUCGCUGCGGUUCAACGGGCGCGUGCUCUUCAUCAAGGAUGUCAUCGGGGACGAGAUCUGCUGCUGGUCCUUCUACGGCCAGGGACGCAAGAUUGCAGAGGUGUGCUGCACGUCCAUCGUGUAUGCCACUGAGAAAAAACAGACCAAGGUUGAGUUUCCAGAAGCCCGCAUCUACGAGGAGACCUUGAACAUCCUCCUCUACGAAUCCCAGGAUGGGCGAGGUCCCGACAACGCACUGCUGGAAGCCACCGGAGGGGCAGCUGGCCGCUCACACCACCUGGACGAGGAUGAGGAGCGAGAGCGCAUUGAGCGUGUCCGCAGGAUUCACAUUAAGCGCCCAGAUGACCGUGCUCACCUCCAUCAGUGAGAGAGGUGGCCGAGAGACCAGGCCAGCCCUCAGCUGGGAAACUGCUGCCCAGGGUCACUCCAGCCACAGCCAGGCACUUAACUUGUAUUCCAGGAGGUCCGUCUUCCUUCAUCUUUAUUUAACAAGUCGUUUUAUGGUUCACGUCCAUGAGAUGUCCAGUUCCACCCCAAUUCUGCAGAUUUGACCAACAGCUUGGGGAUCAACUUUCUCGUUUUUUCCAGUGCUCAUUUUGACUCCAGUGUUCCUGAGCUUCAGAAAAGACUCCCCCGUACAUGUCUCGCGCCUGUGUCACUAGGAUGACCCUGGUGUCGUUUUACCGUCCCACCCAAAUCCAAAGAAGGGGAUGGGGGGCAGCUUGGUUAGCAGGCCUGUCCUCCUUGCCCUCCUCCUGGAAGAUUCCACAUGAGGCAGGAGCUGCCUCUUCCUUCAUGUGCUGUGAUGCAGGUGUGCAGUGGAAGCCCCUCUUUUUUGCCUUCUGCAGGAGAGCUGCCUCCUGCCUCUCCUCGCUUUCUUCUGAGCUGGUAAACUUCUAAUUAGAGGGUGUGGUGGGAGUGACUUGGUUGGCUGAUGUUGGAGCAGAGAAGGGAAGGAAAAGAGGGCUGGGUGGGACCCUGAUGCUUCAGGGCAGCUGCCCCACAGAAACCCCUGGAGAACCCCCCCCUCCUGGCUCUUUGGGGCAAUGCACCUGCAACCCCAGCCCGUUGCCUUAGCCACUCCCUCCUCCCUGUUGGUGAAACCAUUUGUUGUGUGACCCUGUGUCUUUUGGGCAGAGUCCAAGAGGUCCUCUUUCUACAGCUCUCCAGUCUCUCUCCCACAGUUGUAUCUAGACCAUGGUUAAGGGGGCAUUUCAGAGUUCUCUGUCCACCUCUUCUGAGCAAAGAUUAGUUUAGGGAGUAGGAGGCUGGAUUAUUAUUUUUUAGAAGGCUGAGCUAGUGUGAGGCAGCUGCAUAUCUAUUAAAUCUGUGUUUGUCAAUAAGGUUGUGGUGAAGGGCGGCUGGUUUUCCACCAGAAGGAUGGAGGGGGUGGAAUACAGCCCACCAGCCUCUAUCCCACCCCCAGUGCUUGGCUGCUUUAAGCAGUUUCUACCUGCCUGGCUCAGGUGGGGGGCAGAGCUGGGCUCUCUGUAUGUGCAGGAGCUGCAAAACUGAGAGAAGAGAGUGACUGUGGAAUGAGGCAGGGAUUCUGGGGGCAAGAAUGCAAUCAUGUCAGUAGCAGGAAAUCCAAAGAUCAAGCUUCAGAGUGUUCCAGUGAAAUGGAAAAGCUGAGCGACUUCUGUGCCGCAUUCCAGAGGCCCAUUGAGCUCCUUCUGCAGCACAGCCACCCUUCCGUCCUCUUCCUAAUAAAACUUGGUUAGCCGCCACCUAACAAAUUGUUCUCUGCCAUUCAUGCAGCCGUUGUGGCAACCUUUGCCUUGAAAAGGACCCUUGGACUGUGUGCUGCUCUCCUCCUGGGAUGGCUUGUGCACCUUGAAAUGUCAAAGAGGCAGGCAGUGUGGAUUAGUGUCGAAGUUUCAAAACCAAAUGGCAUCGUGUUGACUGAGCUCUGCCUUUCAGAAUGCAUUUGAGCCCGAUUCCGACAUAACUCUCCUUGCUCAGUAUGCCACAGUCUUCGCCUGACACUCUUGUAAAUGGUUGUGCUCAAAGAACUCUUCAUCGCCAUACCUUAAAGGAAAAUCCACUGACCGUAUGUCGUCAUCUUUAUCAGUAUAGAGGAGAACCACAGUAUGCAUUUUUGUUUUAGUGAAAGGCAUUAAAGGAAAAGUAUUCAGGCUCCUCCUCACACUUUGGGGCUUAGGACCAAGAACAAAAUGAGUGCCUCUGGAGGUAGUGAUAGACUGACUAGUGCUUGUCAGGCUUCACUCUCCAGAAAGCUGUGCUGCGCUGUGUUGUAGAAGGAUUCUAGUCCUCAUGAGGAGCUGGAAGUUGGAAGAUCUGUGCUUGCCAGGAGUAAGAAAGUGCCACUCAAGGAGCUGGGUUUCUCACCCUGGGAGGCCAUGGGGCCCACCCACAGACAAACCCCUGUGGACCAGGGUUGACUUCCAUUGCAGGUGGCCCUUGUUCUCCAUGGGGUUCUGUUCUUGCCUACAGCUGUGGCUAAUGAGACCUUGAAGCCAUGGGGAUAGGUUCCUGGAGGUGAAAAAAGGCUUUGAAAGGCAGAAAUAAAGUGCUGUACUAUGGGUUCCAGCUGUUCAGCAAUGCCCAUGAAAAACCCCAUUGUUGAUUUUCUACAAAAAAAUUGCAGGGCUUUUUUUUUUUGGCCACAAAAUGGCUCAAUUCAGCAAAACAGUGGCUGGAAAUUACCUUGGAGGGUCAUUUCUGGCCACCCAGAAACCACAGAUAGGUGAGUUUAGUAUUUUUUUUAAACUGUGUAUAAUGAGGUCGGAUCUACGUUGCCCAGCUGCAGGACAUUGGCCAAUGUGGGCCUCCCGUACUCAGCGAAGGGAGCCACCUGCUGACCCAGCCUUUCCUCUGAGGCCCCCCAGCCGUGGGUGUGCUGCCGGUAUUUCGUCUUGCCUUAGAAACAAGUAGGCAGCCACCCUUCCUCUCGCCUAGAGGAAGGGUGGGGUGCGCUGCCUUUCCUCUCUUUGUUGCAUAGAGGGACACCCCCCCCCUUUGAAAUGCUCUUCAGGAGGGGGGGCACUUUGCAGAGCUUCUAGGGCCAGAGGAGGUGCCUGAAGAAAGCUCAGCUUCCCCCAUUAACCCUGGAGGAGUUGGGAGGAGUCAAGGAGCCAGCAUCAAUGACUGCGGGGCGGGGGGGGGGGAGCUCCACCUCCUCUAUGGUUUAGGAGCCCAGCUGCACAUCUCUGCAGCGAAGGGGGGCGAGGGGGGGGGGAGAGGGCAGCUCGGUCAGUGCCCGGUUUAGGCACAGGCCAAGCGAGGGGGCGUCUGGAUUUUUAAGAGAGACUAGAUUUCAAGUUUUACAUAAUAUAUUUUCAUUUUAAAGGUAUUUCUAAUGCAAAAAGACUUAUUGCAAGAUCACUGUUUUUAGAUGAUUAGUUCUUCGUGGCAUCUUUGCCAAGCAAAAAAAUAAAGCUCUUUCUAUUUUCA